AUGUCUUCUCAUAAGACCUUCAGAAUCAAGAGAUUCCUGGCCAAAAAACAAAAACAAAAAUUUCCCAUUCCCCAAUGGAUUCCAAUGAAAACUGGCAAUAAGAUCAGGUAUAACUCCAAGAGGAGACACUGAAGAAGAACUAAGCUGAAUCUAUGAGGAACUGCACUAAAACAGAUGGAACAUAUAUUUUGUGCUGUAUCAACAUCACCCUCUUGACUGUAUCAAGCUAAGGAUACCACCAUCGUAUGGA